AUGCCAAAAGGAAUUAAAGGAAAAAAGGGAAAAGGUUUAUCCAAGGAAAAUCGUACACGAGUGCCAGAGCCACCAGCACAGGCGAAAACAAUGGCCGAGCCAGGGGCAUCACAACAGCCAAGUUUAGAUCUGACUGAAGAGCAGCUGGCAAAAGUUACCCAACAAUUAAUGCUGCAAAUUGUAGAAUCUUUGUCACUGGCUCCUGCUACAGAUUGUAUAAAGAUUUUGUGUGUCAGCUCGUCCAUAGUGAAGAGAGCAGCAGACUUUGCUAGAACUAUGCCAGGAGGGACAAAGCUAGGCCUUAAGCAGGCAGGCAUCUCCAUCUGGUGGCAGGGAUAUAGCGGCCUAAAGUUUAUGGCCCUACAGAAGAAAAUUAUAACCCUACUAAAAUAUGAACACCCACCAGAUUUCUUGUUUAUUCACUGUGGGGCUAAUGAUAUUGGGCAAACUCUUCUGCAAGAAUUACUACAAUGUGUAGACCCUUUGAUUGAAUUCGUCGAGAAAAAACUGCCUGGGACCAAACUGAUCUGGUCCCAAAUGCUGCCACAUCUUUCAUGGCGGUAUUCAGAAAAUGAUGCAGCAAUGGACAGGUCUCGGGGCAGAUUUAACAGGACAGUGGCAAAGAAAGUGUUAAAAUCGGGCAGGUGUUACGUAAAGUAUCCAGAAAUUUUAAAGAAACCAAAACAUUUAUUUGAAAAGGAUGGGGUACAUUUGUCGCCUACCGGAAAUGCAAUUCUGGUGAAUACAAUUGAGGAGGCCGUCUGCACAUUUAAAUGGAGUGAGAGUCCGGUGUACCCAUGA